UUCGCAAAGGACUUCAGCGAUCUACUUUUGCAGUCGCCUCGGACUGUCCAUGUGUUUACUUGCCCCAGCCCGAGGACUCGAUGUCUAGGCUCCUGUGAAAUGCAACUGAGCAGCCAAAGUACUUUGAGAACACGGGGCGGCAUAAACACCAAAACUUUUUUGUGGAAGGAAAAUGCAAUAAGCAAGCUCGCCGUUUUCCGAUGCGGCGUGGAGUGAGUGUGUGUCGCGCGUGUCCGCACUGGAGGCACACGCUUGUGUGUGUACAUGGGGUGUGUUUUUCGGUACGUAGGGAGAAAAUGCUUGCCAACCACCGGAAACCUCCUGGAAUUUAUUAGAAAAUAAUGGAUUAUUAAAAGGAGGCAGGCGAGGAGCGGAUCUCCCCUUGAGUUGCAAGCCGAUCUGCUGCCGGCUCAGUUUGUUGGGAUUCUAUUUGUUGAUAGGUGUCUGAUGGUAUUCCGAUAACACCCCCUCUUUCCUCAGUUUUUUUUUUUUAAGGAAACAACAACAAAAACCACCCCAAAAUUUCUCCCCCUUUUUUUUCGCCCCGUGGGGAUCGCUGUUUUCAUCCAUGUGCUUGCGUCUCCCCCGCGUUCCACUUAAACUAUUUUAAUCCUUGGACCCAAGGAGGAGGCUGAUAGGGGGGUGGAUUAAAAAAAAAAGUUCUUCCAAAAUAGUGUGCCCCGGGAGCAGGAUGGGGGAUUUCGCAGCCCCCGCUGCUGCCGCGAAUGGUAGUAGUAUCUGCAUCAACAGCAGCCUGAGCAGCAACCUCGGCGGGGCCGGGAUCGGCGUGAAUACUCCCAAUAGCACUCCGGCUGCUCCGAGUGGCAAUCACCCCGCUGCCGGCGGCUGCGGCGGCUCCGGGGGCCCCGGCGGCGGCUCGGUGGCCGUCCCCAAGCACAGCACGGUGGUCGAGCGGCUCCGGCAGCGUAUCGAGGGCUGCCGGCGGCACCACGUCAACUGCGAGAACAGGUAUCAGCAAGCUCAGGUGGAGCAGCUGGAGCUGGAGCGCCGGGACACCGUGAGCCUUUACCAGCGGACCCUGGAGCAGAGGGCCAAGAAAUCGGGCGCCGGCACCGGCAAGCAACAGCACCCGAGCAAAGCCCAGCAAGAUGCGGAGGCUGCCUCGGCGGAGCAGAGGAACCACACGCUGAUCAUGGCUUUCUGAGACUGGCCUUGAAGUCCUGAUGUAGUAAAGAAUGACCUGGAACUCCUGACCUUCCAGUUUCCCAAGUGCUAAGAUUACAAGAUUUAUGGGGUGCUGAGGAUGGAGCACAGAGACUCAGGCAAGAAUUCUGCAGUUGAGCUGCACCCCCAGAUUCUGAGGAAAGACUUUCAUGGGUCUUUCCCAGGCUUGGGAGAGCUUUCCUGAUAGAUGUUGUUACUCCCUUUCGAGUUAAAAGAGACUUGGAAAUGGCUGAGUGCUCUGCUCUCCCAGCCACUCUCCCAGGCUGACCUGGUCAGUGUUACUGAAGGAAGUCACACUGCUGUAUUAGGAAUUGGGAGCUGCCUUCAAAAUCUGCUACAUCUGCACAUAAGUCAGCUUGAGAGUUCUCUGGAUGUAUCUGAGAGCCAUUCAAGAGAGAGUGUCUCAGAGGUUGCAUUAGCACAGUGUCUACUUCAGCUCUACAGGAACUGACUUCCUGGUGCUGACCCGAGCACAAUAGAGCACAUGGUAUAGGGGUCAAGACACUUGCUCCAGGCUGGGUGUGGUGGAGCACACCUUUAAUCCCAGCACUCGGGAGGCAGAGGCAGAGUCAGGUGGAUCUCUGUGAG